GGACUCAGUAAUCUGCCUCCCACAUAAAUAUUUCAUGUACCCUUUAGUGUAGUUCUGGGCACACCGGCACAGGUAUAUAACUUGUUGAGGGCCAGAGUCAGACAUGUCUUCAACCGCGGUGGUGGGAGAGUAUUACCUGAAAGAUCCCAAUGAUGACAGCAGGGUCAAGGUUGGGAGCUACUCUGACACCUCGUAUGAUCCCGGCCCGACCAAAGCAGGGUUUUUCACGGAUAGUUCACACCGGGGGAGCAUGAGUAACGGUUACAGCAACGGGGACAGUGUCCGGCGGGACUCCAGGCCGAAUGUCCCGUUUGUGUCCGGAGAUGGCGUGAACCAAGCCCGCGUCAACGGACCGGCUUCUGUGAAGGUGUUACCCUAUGGCAUGGUGGGGGACUACUUCACUGUAGAGGCGCAGGGUCCGUACGACACCACCGCCAAGCCUCUGGACCUGAGGAAGGAGAGGGAUGGCCAGAUCAUCGGCAACUACACCCCUGACAACAUAGGGCCAUGGACUGUAUCUGUGAAGCACGAGGGAAGCCACAUUCCCAACAGCCCCUUCACGUGUGAAGUGUACGACCCAACGCAAGUGGAGGUCAAUGACCUGCACGACGACAUCUUAGGCAAACUCGUCAAGUUUUCAGUCAACACGGCCAAGGCUGGAAAUGGAGACCUGACCGUCCACGUCACUGGGCCGGACGGGCGGCGCGUGCGCAGUAAGAUAGAAGACGUGGGUCCCCACAACUACAACGUGUCGUUCUCCCCGGACACCACCGGCAACCACAAGGUCGAGGUCGAGUUCAACAAUGACGAAGUCAGAGGAAGCCCAUUCAACUGUCACAUUAGCGAGCCUGAUCUGAUUGAAGCAGAGGAGUCCCACUCAGUCUCUUCACACCAUCAUCAUGAUCAUGACCAUGACCAUGAUCACCAUGACCAUGACCAUGACCAUCAUCACCACGAUCAUGACCAUGAUCACCAUCAUCAUGACCAUCAUGACGCACCGGCCACCUAUACCGUCACAGAGUCCCGAGUUCUGGAGCCACCCAAGAGAGAGGUUAUCGUCACGGCCAUCCAUGGGGCUGUUGUUGAUCGCCCAGCCGGAUUCUUAGUCGAUGCGACCCGUGCCGGCGGCGGUGACUUUGACAUCACGAUCACUAACAACGAGCACCCGGUGCCGUACCAAGUGGUCGGGGAGAGGGAACCAGGCGUGUUCGAGGUCACCUUUCUACCCAAGGAGGCGGGAACCUACAGAAUCGAUGUGUAUUAUGACGGGCAGCCUGUCAGGGGAAGCCCAUUCUUCGUACGUAUCCAAGAUUCGGCUGACAUCGAACACUUCAUCUACGUCCCUUCUAAAACCACGGUGUACCAAGAGGUGGAGGUAGAACAGCCACGCUACUCCGUUGUUGAAGACCAGCCUGUUUACCGACCACCUACACCGGUGUACCGCGCCCCUACACCUCCACCGGUCGUCUACAGGGCACCUACACCUCCACCGGUGGUGUACCGGGCUCCCACACCUCCACCAGUGGUCUACCGUGCCCCGACUCCACCGCCAGUGGUGUACCAGCAGCGCCGGCAGUCAGCCCACUACCAACAGUCUGCCGCUCCUGCAGUCAACGACCGCUGUUAUGCACAUGGAGAAAAGCUUCACACUGCCUUUAAGAACCGCCAUGCUGAGUUCCCGAUCAGGACUGAGGACACCAUGAACAUGAAAGAGAUGGACGUGCAGAUUCUUGGCCCAACAACCAGAGCUCUGGCAUCGCUGGAAAAGGACGCCGACACCACCGCCAACGUGAGGUUCGUGCCCACGGAAACCGGCCGGUUCGACACGUCCAUUAAAUAUUACGGGAAAGAGGCAGAGGGCAGCCCGUUCUCCUUCACCGUGGUGGACCCAGACUCCAUCACCUGCCUGCACCCUCCCGUGGGGGCGGACAGGUCCUUCACCUGGCCCGUGGACGAGCCGGUCAAGGUCAGUCUGGACACCUCCAAGGCCGGGUCGGGUCGUCUGGGGACGAAGGUCACUGACCCUGUUGGAUCGUCCGUGCCCACGGACUUCGACCAGGACAACGCCUUCCAGUUCACACCAAGGAUGGAAGGGAGGCACCCCAUCAACCUGGAGUGGAAUGGCGCCGACCUGGCCCCUAUCUACUGUGACGCGUAUUACAACCGUGGGAGGGCGCCAACACCGCCCAGCCCGGUCUCGCAGUCGUACAGCCCGCCCACGCAGUCGUACAGCCCGGCCAAACAGUCAUACGAAGUCAUCCUGAAAGGCACGGGCCUCCAGCGGGCCAUCGUGGACGAGACCGCGGAGUUUACCAUCGACGGGACAAAUGCUGGCGGAGGUGAUGGCUACAGCACAGAUGGGAGAGGUACCCCGGCCUGUAGUGUGACCGGUCCAGAAGGUCCGGUUGACGUAUACCUACAGCCCCUGGACGGCCAAGGUGACAUGUACAAGGCCAGGUACACACCUAAGGUCCCAGGUGUGCAUGACCUGGACGUGGCCUGGUCCGGACGUCCGCUAGAGGGCUCUCCGUACAAAGUACAGGUGGAGGGUGGGGAGAGACGCGACGCGUCCAAAGUCGAGCUGGGCGGGUUGGACAGGGACCCUGUACUGGUCGGGGAAGCCGCGUACCUAACCGCUGAUCUAAGAUCCGCUGGGCAAGGAGGGAUUCUGUCUGCUCGCUGUAAGGGACCUUCUCAGAAGGCCAAGGUCAACAUGCUCGACAACGGGAACGGCACCUACAACUUAGAGGUCAUUCCCAGGGAGGAGGGCAAGCACAGGAUGGACGUCAAGUAUGACGACAAACAGGUCAAAGGGAGUCCCUUUAACUUCAAUGUCGUUGGGCCAGUUGACCCGGGUAAAGUGCGCUGCUUCGGGCCAGGUCUGGAGAGCGGCAAUAUUAACGGGUACAGGGGAAACUUCGUCUGUGAGACAAAGGGCGCUGGGAACGGAAAGCUACAAGUCAGGGUUCAUGGACCGAAAGGAGGGUUCAAUGUGCGGAUGACUCCCAUCAAGGACAGCGGUAACCGCACCAUCGCCGUGGAGUACGAGCCGAGGGAACCGGGAGAGUACCACAUCGACGUCACGUGGGACAAGCAGCACGUGCCGGGCAGCCCGUUCUACGUCAGGAUCGACGACGAUGAAGACGUCAUGUACGAGCGGAACGGCGGCGGAGACUACUACUACAGCCAACCCGUGAUGCGCACGCCGUCGUCCCGCAGAGCCUCACAGCGCAGCAAGACCGUCAGGUACCCGAAUUAUGGGUACGCGUUGCCUGGCAACUACAAGGAGAAGGAGAGUAUCUAUGGUAGGAGGAUAGAACGUGACAGAGCCAUAUCCACAUACUACUAGAAGACCAGCUCAGAUGCAUAUUUUAAUGAGCCUUUUUGAUAAAACAUUUGACAAAUUUGCCAUGGCCAUUGGGGAAAAAGGAGACAAAAAGGCCGGUCUCAUACCUGAAAAGCAUCAGAACAGUUUGUUUCUAUUUAUGGAUAAUGUGUUUCAAAAAACGAUGUUUCUAAAAUCCUUAUAUCAGCUGGAAAAUCAAGACAAGUUCAAGUGAAUGAUACCUAGAUGCCAUGAGCGUUCAAUGUAAAAGAAAGCAACCAACAACCGUAACAACAUGCCAGUAGCUUCUAUAGAUGGUUGCGGUGGAUUAUGUUUUAAAGGGAACAUUUGUUUUAGCUUUAAAAAGUAGCUGCUCUGUAGCUAUGCGGAUAUAAAAACACUAGUGAUCCUUUGUUGUAAACUUUCCUUAUUCAAAGUACUUAUAUGUACUUCGUUCGUGCCUUUUUGUGUUAUAAUUAUCUGUUUCAUAGACGAACCUGAGUAUCAGUGAUUAGUUUAUCAUUUGGUUCAUUAAUUUUCUACUGCCUUAAAAAUAGUUAACCAUGUUAUUUGACUUUGUUUAACUUUUAUGCUUGAUAAGCAACGCAAGUGCCAUAGGCCCUAUGAGGGUUUGUAUUUACGCAGUAGAAUACGAUAUGUAUUGCAUUUUAGUCUAGAGGUACCUAUUGAUAAAAUGCUGGCUGUAAACUUGUCAAAGGAGUGGAGCAUGAAUGAUCACGAUGCCUGGACUAGUAUAAACCAUUCGGCAUGCAUAAAAACUGGCAACAAAAGAAAGUAUUGUUGUAAGAGCGUCUAGUUUAUACGCCAACUGCAACAGACAUUUUGGUUCCGACCAUUUUGAUCCUUCGUGGACUCUUUGCGACGUUUAUUUUUUUUAAUGUUUUGGUUGCAGCUUAUUUCAUAGAAGUGGUGUUUUAAAAAGGACAUAAUAUGGCUACAAGAACCAAAAAGAACAUAUCAGGCUUACUUGUAAUACGUGCAUUUUGUAAGGGAAUAAAGGUAAUGGGUUUGAAAUAGGACCGGAUUUUAAGGAUUUAUAUUAAAAGACAUCUCACUAGUUCUUAUAGGGUGGGUAU